CGCCAGCGGAUCCCGCGCGCUGGGGAAGUGCAGUUCCCCCUGGUUACCGACUCGUCCGUUCUCCCUCCGUGCGGCCGGCGCCGUCGAAGGGCGCUCACCGCGGGCGCCGCCGUUCUUCUCUACAGUGCAAGCGCCGCUGUGGCAUCCACCCGGAGCCAGCGCGCUGUCUUCCUCACCCCCACUACAGACGCCUUCGCCGUCAACGAUGUCAAGCGAGGAAAGCUACCGAGCCAUCCUGCGCUACCUGACGAACGAGCGCGAGCCGUAUGCGCCCGGCACGGAGGGCAAUGUCAAGCGUAAAAUCCGCAAGGCGGCCGCCUGCUACGUGGUGCGCGGCGGGACCUUAUAUUACCAAAGGCGGCAGCGGCACCGCAAGACCUUCGCGGAGCUGGAGGUGGUGCUGCAGCCCGAGCGGCGCCGGGGGCUCAUCGAGGCGGCGCACCUGGGCCCGGGCGGCACUCACCACACCCGGCAUCAGACCUGGCACGACCUGUCCAAGACGUACUGGUGGCGAGGCAUAUUAAGGCAAGUCAAAGAUUACAUUAAACAGUGUAGCAAAUGCCAGGAGAAACUAGAUCGCUCCCGUCCAAUAUCAGACACUUCAGAAAUGUUGGAAGAAUUGGGUCUAGACCUUGAAUCUGGAGAAGAAAGCAAUGAAUCAGAUGAUGAUCUAAGCAACUUUACUUCUCCUCCUACUACAGCCUCCAAAUCUACGAAAAAGAAGCCGGUAUCUAAGCAUGAACUUGUAUUUGUUGACACCAAAGGAGUGGUGAAACGUUCUUCUCCAAAACAUUGUCAGGCUGUCUUAAAACAGCUGAAUGAGCAGAGACUCUCAAACCAGUUCUGUGAUGUUACUUUGUUAAUUGAAGGAGAAGAGUACAAAGCUCAUAAAUCUGUUUUGUCAGCUAAUAGCGAAUAUUUUCGAGAUCUUUUUAUUGAGAAAGGAGCUGUGUCCAGUCAUGAAGCAGUGGUGGAUCUUUCUGGUUUUUGUAAGGCAAGUUUCCUUCCUUUACUGGAAUUUGCCUAUACUUCUGUGCUAAGUUUCGACUUCUGUAGCAUGGCUGAUGUAGCAAUAUUGGCUCGUCAUCUUUUCAUGUCAGAAGUUUUAGAAAUCUGUGAAAGUGUACAUAAACUAAUGGAAGAGAAGCAACUCACGGUAUAUAAGAAGGGUGAAGUACAAACAGUCGCAUCUACCCAGGACUUACCAGAACAAAAUGGAAAUACAGCCCCUCCUGUGGCUAGCAAUGAGGGAACUACGACUUUAUCUCCUGAACUUGGGGACUGUGAAAUUGUACUACUAGUAAAUGGAGAAUUGCCAGAGACUGAGCAGAAUGGACAACCAGGACAACAACCUGAGCCCCAGGUUUCUUCAGCAGCUGAUGCUACUGUGUCACCUACAGACUGUGUAACUGACUCCCAUCCUGAAAUGGAGUCUGUUGACUUAAUAACAAAAGACAACCAGACAGAACUAGAAACUUCAAACUGCAAAGAUAGUACAGUUUCUAAUAUUCCUUCUAAACUUUCAAAAGAGAAUGUAAUUGCUAACUCUCCAGAAAACACUGAUACGGGAAAUGAUACAUUAGUGGAAGAUAUCUGUGCUGAAGACAUUCCGGAGCAUCAGCAGAAUGUUAGUGAGACUUUAAAAGAUCACGAAAACUUAGUUGCACUGACAGUGAAAACAGACCUGGGACCUGAUGACGAUACUUACAGAAGUAGGCUUCGGCAGCGUUCUGUUAAUGAAGGGGGUUAUAUCCGAUUGCACAAAGGAAUGGAGAAGAAGCUGCAGAAACGGAAAGCCAUUCCCAAGUCAGCAGUUCAACAGGUGGCUCAGAAAUUAGUUCAAAGAGGAAAAAAGAUGAAACAGCCAAAUAGAGAUGCUAAAGAGAAUACUGAAGAGGAAGCAUCCCAUAAAUGUGGGGAAUGUGGAAUGAUUUUUCAGAGACGAUAUGCCCUCAUAAUGCACACACUGAAACAUGAAAGAGCUAGAGAUUACAAAUGUCCGUUGUGUAAAAAACAGUUUCAGUACAGUGCCUCUUUGCGAGCACACCUCAUUCGACAUACCAGAAAAGAUGCCCCCACUUCAUCAUCAUCCAAUUCCACAUCUAAUGAGGCAUCAGGAACAUCAUCUGAGAAGGGCAGAACCAAACGAGAAUUUAUAUGUUCCAUCUGUGGAAGGAUAUUACCUAAAUUAUAUUCUCUGCGAAUACAUAUGUUAAAGCACACAGGUGUAAAGCCACAUGCAUGCCAGGUCUGUGGAAAGACUUUCAUCUACAAGCAUGGUCUAAAAUUACACCAGAGUCUUCAUCAAUCGCAAAAGCAGUUCCAAUGUGAACUGUGUGUUAAGUCAUUUGUUACCAAAAGGAGUCUUCAAGAACAUAUGAGUAUUCACACAGGAAAGUCCAUGUACCUUUGCUCAGUUUGUGGAAAGUCUUUUCAUAGGGGUUCUGGGCUCAGUAAGCACUUAAAGAAACACCAGCCAAAGCCUGAGGUUCGAGGUUAUCACUGUACUCAAUGUGAAAAAAGUUUCUUUGAAGCCAGAGAUCUUCGUCAGCACAUGAACAAACAUCUUGGUGUGAAGCCAUUCCAGUGCCAAUUUUGUGAUAAGUGCUACAGUUGGAAGAAAGAUUGGUAUUCCCAUGUGAAGUCUCAUUCUGUCACUGAACCUUACAGGUGUAAUAUAUGUGGCAAAGAAUUUUAUGAAAAAGCAUUGUUUAGAAGGCAUGUAAAGAAAGCCACCCAUGGGAAAAAAGGAAGAGCAAAGCAAAACCUGGAACGAGUGUGUGAACAAUGUGGAAGAAAGUUCACUCAGCUCAGAGAGUAUAGGAGACACAUGAACAACCAUGAAGGAGUUAAGCCAUUUGAGUGCUUAACAUGUGGAGUAGGUUGGGCUGAUGCCCGAUCUCUGAAACGUCACGUCAGAACACAUACUGGUGAACGACCUUAUGUCUGCCCAGUAUGUAGUGAAGCCUACAUAGAUGCUCGAACACUCCGUAAACACAUGACUAAAUUCCACAGAGAUUAUGUGCCUUGCAAAAUUAUGCUGGAAAAAGAUACACUUCGGUUUCAUAAUGAAGGAACUCAAGUGGAGCAUGCUGUUAGCAUCUUAACAGCAGACAUGCAGGAACAAGAAAGCAGUGGUCCUCAAGAAAUUGAGGCUGUGGUAGUGACAGGGGAAACUAUGGAAGCGCUUGAAGCUGUUGCAGCUACUGAAGAGUGUCCUUCGGUAUCUACGCUUUCUGACCAAAGUAUUAUGCAAGUGGUUAAUUAUGUAUUGGCACAACAGCAAGGACAAAAGCUAUCUGAAGUUGCAGAAGCAAUUCAAACUGUUGAAGUAGAGGUGGCACAUAUUUCAGAAGCAGAAUGAAUAUAGGAAUGGAGAUAAAAAGUGACAUCUCAUGUAUACUGAACUUAUAGUGCAUUUGUUUACAAUACUGUGUGACUAUCUUCCUAGAGUUUGUAUGUCAAGGCUCUGGGCUAUUUGGUGAUGCUCAACAUUUCUGAAAGGUUUGUCUGGUUAAUGGGUUCUAUAGAAAAGUCCCUUUCCUGUAAAGAACUCGAAAACAUUUGAUGGCAGUCGUUUAUCAUGGUAUACUUUUUAUGAAUUAAUGUUUAUAAGGGACUGUGCUAAAUUAAAAACUGUACAGUUUCAUUUGCAUUUUGACAUUUAUUUUGAGUUUGAAAGGCUGCACCAUUUGACUUUUUUCCUUUAUUCUCAAAAUAUAGGAGUUCUAUGAUUUCAUUUGCCCUGUUUAUGGAUUUACAAAAAAUCUAACAUAAAGCAUUUUAGUAGGAUGCAUAGGUAUAUAACAUUUUUUGAUGUCUAUAAUCUGUGAUUCUUGACUAUUUAUUUUAACCCCUUGUAAGUCAGGGAUUCUUUAUUCUGUUUUAAAGCACUUAAUGAGUUACAUGUUGUAAUCAAGUUUGCACAGUAUACUUACCUACAUAGGGAACCCUUAAACAAGUAGCUGAUUUUUAAAAUGCCAUUAAAAUGCAUGAAAUGCCUAUUAAAGCCUUAUUAUACUAUCUCUUCAAGGCAAGUAAAUUGACCAUGAGCAGAGAAUACUGUCAUUAAACACUUGUUGGGAGAUUUCUCCAUGAUAACCUAGAACAAUAAAAAAAAAUAAAAGACUCAUUCUAUUGCAUUAAAACCAGGUUUAGUAUGUUUGCAGCUUUUGUAUCAUGUUUACUUGUUAAAUUUUGUUGAAAAACUGCAGUUUAGAAAUAGGUAGUGAGAUAGACAUCUACAGUCCUGUGGAUACCAUGAUUGUCAAGUAAUUUCAGAAUAUUGAAAAGUCUUCAGCCCUUAUUAUAUUAUACUACCUAAAGAAAUUGAUUAUGGUCCAUCAAAUUGUUGAAAGUAAAUUAUUUUCAAAAGUUACCUGAAAAUUAAAUUACUAAUUUGUGUGUUUGAUUUUUAAAUUCCUCUUUAAGAUAGCCAAGUCUCAAUUUUCAAAGUAACCAUGAGGAGAUGCCAUGUUUUUCUCCUGGGAAACCACCACGUAAGCUGUAAUUGUUAAAAUUUAACUUUUAAGUAUUAGAAGCUAUUAUAAGGUGUAAAUUAAGAUAUAAGCCAAUCAUAUAUGUAAAUCAUUCCUAAAGCACAAGAAAAGAAUGUGCCUUGAUGUACAUAUAUUAAGAUACUUAUUUCAGUUUACUUUAAAAAGGCUUAAAAGAUAAAGAAUAAAUGUGAUGCCAUGCAUGCAUUAUACCUACAUAUGUAAUAUUUACAUUUACAAAUUUCUCAUUGUUUCAAUAGCUGUGUGGCUUUCAGUUUUGAGUGGAUUGACAUGCAGUCUAUAAUGGCUGCUUGUUUGUAGUAUCUUUCAGUUAGUGGAAUUGUAUUUCAACAUGACUAAAAUUUGAAAUUGUGCCUUUUAUGUUCGUUCUCACCAUUGUUUUUAGAUUUAAUUAGUUGUAAAAGACCGUUAAUGUUUGUCAUAAAUAUGUAAAUAAAAGAUGUUGAAUAUUGUUUAAA